CCUAUUUGAUCGAGAUCUUUUUCUCCAAGAUAGCAGAGAACCAACCAUGUUUGCCAGGCUCUUUGGGAAACCUAAAAUGGAACCGAUCACCUUGGAAAAGUUAAGUGAGAAUCUUGAAAGGCUUGAGAAAAUGGAGAAAGUACUCCAAAAGAAGGCUGCUGCUGAACUUGAAAAGGCGACGCGAUUCAGCAAUGCAAAGAAUAAAAGAGCUGCUAUGCAAUCUCUGAAGAAGAAGAGGUUGUAUGAUCAGCAAAUAGAGAACAACGGAAACUCCCAAUUGCAGGUCCAUGAUCUGAUGAUAAUGCUAGAAGGUGCAAAAGCCAACAUCGAAACUGUAGAUGCCUUGAGAAAUGGAGCAGCUGCACUGAAGGCAAUGCAGAAAGCAGCGAAUAUAGAUGAAGUGGAAAAGACCUUGGACGAGGUUCAUGAGCAGACAGAGAAGAUGAAACAGAUCCAGGAAGCUUUGUCAACUCCAAUUGGAUUUGAUGAUUUUGAUGAGGAUGAAUUGGAAGCAGAACUUGAAGAGCUGGAAAGUGCCGAGUUGGAACAACAACUUCUUCAGCCUGCAGCAACUUCUUCAGCUCCACCUAGAUUUCUUGUAGUGCCAGCAGGAAGGCAACCAAAUCGUCCUCUUCUCCAGAAGCCCACCGUUGAUGAAGAAGAUGAACUAGCUGCUUUGCAGGCUGAGAUGGCACUAUAAGCAGCUUGCACUAUGUU